CUAGUUACGCAGGUAGAAAGCGGCUCCCCGCAAUACUACAGCACUUCCGUUUUCAUUCUUUGCAUUGAACAACAAGUCUAUUCCUAUCGCGGAUCAUAUGCGACCCAUUAUUAUUUCGAAAAAAAUUUUUAUUAUAAGAAGCUUCAUCUUGCUAGGCUUCGCCGUGCAACUCCCAGCGCUUUGAGAUGGAGACCGUUCCGCUGACCUUAGCACAUACGCAUGCGCGUAAUGCCCUGCUGGAGACUCGUAAAUCUAACCCGGUAGCUGCGAGCGAAGAGCAUGACUUGGCCGCGGGGGAAUUUGCAACUGCUUCUCAGAACUGUGUGGACGCCUAUGCUCUGCGAACUUUGAAACUACUUGAAGAAGAGCAUAAGCGACUCGCCGUCCUUCUGCGAUCUCAGCAUGAGCAUCCCCAGCGCACAGCAUCUCCGGAGCUAUCGACAUCAUCUCCACCCCAGAAAAAUGCCCAAACCGAGUUGCCUCCAUUAUCUAAACCUGCACCGACAACCUCACAACACACGGGAGCAGGUGAAUCGCCGCAACAGCCCCCGAGACUGCCCGGCCACAACCGUAAGCUACAGAGAGAAUCGUCCUCCAUAGCGAGCAACCUAGCUUCAGCUAGGGGCAUUCCUGCUAAUCCUCGUCGAGGCUCUCCCGUAUCUCCAACCUUGUCAGCACAGCAUGCUGGUGGCCAACUUAGCGAUUCUCCCUCUCGAACAAAGCCAACUGAAGGAAGACUCCGAGAGCGAGGUGGCCGCGUAGUGCCAGCACCUAAGCAACCAUGGUCGCCCCCGUCAAUCAGUCCAACAGAAAUCACGUCACGCCAGGUUAUUCCUGCAGAUGCUUACGAUGCUCAAUCAUCAAAAGGCCGUUUUGCAGCAGUUGAUGAGCCAUUUCAACGAUUCUACUCCACCUUUGAGGGACUUAUCUCUAAGAUAUCCGCGCCCCUAGCAUUUGCUGGACUGCCCUUGGGAGCCGAUAAUAGCGAAACCACCCGUCAGAAAUCAUCUGCUGAAACUAAACUUGAUCGAAACAACGCAAUCUCAGAUCGUCCUAGUGCAUCUGUGGAGGGAGACAUCAACCAUCUGUUUUCACGAGCUGCUUUGAGGGCGGUACGAGAUGCGAAUGGAGGCAUGCCGAGCAAUGCAGCCGAGUCAUUCUACGUUGUACCAACGACAGGCGGCACAGUUUCCUAUGCCGGCAUUUUAUCCCGUGCGGAAAAAGAAGCUCGCCGGAAUAGCAUGGACGAUGGCGGAGAUGAAGAUUUCGUCGAUGCCCGUGAGACACCAUCUUCGCCUGAGCUAUUACAAAAUCUUGCAUCGAGUAAAACAGCAAAAGGCUCGCGCGGAUAUGAAAAGAGCACCAAAACAAACGAAGAGUUAUGCCUGGAAAACGAAGCAUUAAAGCAGCUUACUGACCAAUUAUCGAAACGACUUCAUAUGUGGGAAGUCAACGCUCAGUCCUCAUCUUUGGCCCUGCAACAAUCCCUAAAAGCGAUUCAUCAUCAGCAACACGUCAAUACAUCAUCGCCAACAGCAUCUUCUGCAAUCCCGGCACCUAUAGCUAUACCAGCAACUAAUGACCAUGAGAAACGAAUCAAAGAGCUCGAAGAACUGGUCCGAAGCUCUAAAAAGGAAGCAGAAAAAAUAACUCGCGAGAACGAGAAACUCAAAGUUGUGCUAGGUCGAUAUCGUGAAAGGUGGGAGAAACUCAAAGAAGGCGCGAAGACUCGAAGGAAUGCCGAUGUUGCUGCUGGGCCUGGUGGCACGCCAAGCAUGAAUCAGGGGGAAGAUGAUUUAUCUGUUACUCCAGUUCAGACUCCAAAAAUUCCAAAUGACAGUGGCAAUGCGGAGGAUUCUUGACUCUCCACGAGUGUACAUACAUAUAUACCGUGGUUAGUUGUAGUUACGUGUAACAGGAUUCCAAGUUCAUAGCAAAUGAAACAAGACGGCAAAAAUCAUCCAUGCAAGUGCUCACA